CAGAAGAUGCAGCAGAGGUAUGCUCCGGCAGUCUGAGGCGGGACAGGGAUGCAGCAGCGCCCUGGGCACGGCAGGUCGGUAGUUGGCACGAGCUGCCAGUGAGGAAGAUGGCGGCCGGCGCUGUGUGUGAGGCGGAGACCUGGCAGCAGCGGGAGCGGGGGACGGGCACGCGCACCGGGGAACGGAGGCGGCGGCAGGAAAAGGGCGCGCGCCCGGCCGGUGUGGAGACCGAGCAACGGGACCACCGGAGAGGAUGAUUGAGGAGAGCGGGAAACGCAGGAGGACGAUGGCCGAGAAGCGGCAGCUCUUUAUGGAACUGAGGGCACAGAAUUUUGAUGUCAUUCGGCUGUCUACAUACCGGACAGCGUGCAAGCUAAGAUUUGUACAGAAACGUUGCAACCUUCACCUUGUUGACAUUUGGAACAUGAUAGAAGCCUUCCGUGACAAUGGCCUUAACACACUGGACAACAACACCGAAAUCAACGUGUCUCGGCUAGAAACCAUCAUUUCCUCCAUUUACUACCAGCUAAACAAACGCCUUCCGUCCACCCAUCAGAUUGGCGUGGACCAGUCCAUCAGCCUUCUGCUCAACUUCAUGAUCGCCGCGUACGACAGCGAGGGCCAUGGGAGGCUGACUGUGUUUUCAGUGAAAGCGAUCUUGGCGACCAUGUGCGGGGGGAAGAUCCUGGACAAGUUGAGAUAUAUCUUCUCCCAAGUGUCCGACUCCAGCGGCUUCAUGGUCUACGCCAAGUUCGACCAGUUCCUGAGGGAAGUGCUGAAGCUCCCCACGACGGUGUUUGAGGGCCCCUCAUUUGGGUAUACAGAUCACUCCACGCGGACGUGUUUCCCACCGCAGAAGAAGAUUGCGCUGAACAUGUUCUUGGACACAAUAAUGGCUGAUCCCCCUCCGCAGUGCCUUGUCUGGUUACCCCUCAUGCACAGGCUUGCCCAUGUAGAGAAUGUCUUCCACCCUGUGGAAUGUUCCUUCUGCCGGUGUGAAAGUAUGAUGGGUUUCCGCUACCGCUGCCAGCAGUGCCACAGUUACCAGCUCUGCCAGAAUUGUUUCUGGCGAGGUCACGCCAAUGGUCCACACAGCAACCAGCAUCAGAUGAAGGAGCAUUCCUCCUGGAAGUCCCCAGCGAAGAAGCUAAGUCAUGCGAUCAGUAAGUCUCUUGGCUGCGUUCCGAGCAGGGAACCCCAUCACCCUGUAUUCCCAGAGCACUCCGAGAAGCCACUGGACUUACCUCAUGUCGCCCCAGCACGCCCACUAACGAACAUGAAUGAUGCCAUGGUCACUCAUAUCUCUUCCGGUGCACCCACACCCACUAAAAGGUUACACAGCAGUAUGGACACGGCCAGCCGGGUACCAGACGAACACGCACUGAUAUCAGACUAUGUGACGCGGCUUCGCACUGGGACACGGUUAGUUGAGGAGGAGCAGAAACAGACAGCACAAGUAGCUGGGUCUCCUCAUUCCUCACCAAGUCAUGGUGCCAACCGCUCCAUUCCCAUGCCAGUCCGCUCCACGUCAGCCGGCUCCACACCUACCCAUGUUCCUCAGGACUCCAUAGCUGGACUAGGAGAUGUACAGGAAGCAUUCGCACACGGUACCAGGAGGAACCUUCGUAGUGAUUUGCUGGUGGCUGCAGAUUCUAUCACUAACACCAUGUCUUCUCUGGUAAAGGAGCUGCACUCAGAUGACGGCGCUGAUGAGGAAGAUGAUAAGAUACAGAACGGGAAGGAUAGAGGGUAAUGACCUGCACAGAAGAACAAGGUGAUCCAAGCACAGCGAUUCCUCCAAUAUCCAUCCUAAUGCAGCAUCUUACCAGCCACAGCCAGCAGAGAGAGGAGCGGCGAGCAUGUAACAUACAACAUGCGUGUUACUGAGCCAUGUGUAGACGCUGGAAGGAGUGCGUGUGCAGAGGCCUGGGGCACUGUGAUCCCGCUAACAUGGACAUGGGCUGAGCGCCCGCAGGAAGGGAAUACAUUUCAUGGUCCGAUGUUUACAGAAUAAAUGUGUCUGUCUGUCAA